AUUUCAUCAUCCUGUUCAAUUUACCUCUGCGCACUUACUUUGUCCAGUCCAAUGUUUUUUUUCAUUUCCAUGGCGUGUUUGUCUGCAACUCAAGUGCAUACUCUUUUAUGGACUUCAUCCUUAAACCCUACCUUCCAACAUUUCAACCCUAUCUCUACUUAUCGAAUUCCAAAACUUUUAUUGUACCCAAAGCCUUUGAGAGCUUCCUUCAACUCAUCCAAUAUCACCAAGGAUUCAACGCUCCGGGAACUCUGUCAUGGUCACGUGCCCGAGCACGUGAUUCGACGGGCAGAAGAGAUUGGAUAUGUGAUACCGACAGAAGUGCAGCUACAGGCAUUGCCUUUCCUCUUUUCGGGACGUGAUUGUGUGCUUCAUGCUCAGACAGGUUCUGGAAAAACCUUGGCAUACCUGCUCCAGGUACUGUCAGUCAUUGACAGUCAAAGGUCAGCAGUACAAGCAUUGAUCGUGGUGCCUACUAGGGAGCUUGGUAUGCAAGUUACAAAAGUUGCUCGGAUGCUUGCUGCAAAUCCUUCAGAACUUAAAUCAGGAUUGAAAUCAUGCACUGUUAUGGCUCUUCUAGAUGGGGGGAUGUUGAAAAGACACAAGAGUUGGUUAAAGGCUGAGCCGCCCACCAUUGUCGUUGCAACUAUAGGAAGUUUGUGUCAAAUGCUUGAGAAACAUAUUUUGAAGCUAGAUUCCUGCCAAGUACUAGUUGUUGAUGAGGUUGAUUUCAUGUUCAAUUCUUCAAACGAAGUCAGCUCUCUUAAAAGGCUGCUGACAUCCUACUCAUCCAGCAAGAACCGUCAAACUAUCUUUGCUAGUGCUUCAAUUCCCCAGCACAGAAGAUUUUUGUAUGAUUGUACGCAGCAAAAAUGGACGGGGGCUGAUGUAGUUCAUGUCCAUGUGAAUUCAGUAGAGCCGAUGCCUUCAUGCCUCCAUCAUAGAUUUGUGGCAUGCAGCAAAAGGGAAAAACAUCCAAUGUUACUCUCCUUACUGCAGACAGAUUCACCUGAAUCUGCCAUAAUUUUUGUCAACGAGCAAUCUGAGAAGUCAAAAAAGACAGGAAGUGCACCAACAACAACUCUUUUGGUAGAUUUCCUAAGGUCCUCUUCUGGGAGAUUUUCUGACGUCUCUCUUCUAGAGGAAGAUAUGAAUUUCAAUCAACGAGCAUCAUUGUUAUCUGAGCUUCGAGGAGGCGGAGGUUAUUUGUUAGUGGCAACAGAUAUAGCAGCCAGAGGGGUUGAUCUACCAGAGACAACCCAUAUAUACAAUUUUGAUAUCCCAAAAGAUGCGGUAAAUUACCUUCAUCGAGCUGGCAGAACUGGACUAUGACACCGUCUAAAUAAGGCACUUUAGAAGAAGAAACUCUCUGCAUACCUUAAGAGAUUCAGGAGGAUCUCCUUCUUGAAGACGUAAACUCCCAUUGAAGCAAUGUAAGGUUUCUCCUUAGCCUCUUCUGGGGAUAAUCCCAGAACAGUUGUGUCUACUGCCUGAAGUACUUGUUGUGAAUUGUUUGCAGCAACUUUGAAAUUUAAAUUAGAUUAAACUGAGACUGUCAAUUUUUCUAGAAUUACCAUCGCCUUCAAAUCAUCUCCUUUUGGCUUUUCGCUGAAGGACAGGACCCGUCCUGUGUCAUCAAUUUUCAUCAAUCCAAAAUCUGAAGCACGUCUAUCAUGAAAACAUAGAAGCGAUUCAAUAGAAGAAAUCGUGUUUUCUAGUGGUUUUCAAAGCUAUAUUUGUCAAAGAAUGCUAUUGCCGAGAAGAAGACAUAGCCUUUUCAGGAUCUAGAUUAUCCCUCCUAAUGCUACCUGUCGUCUAUUGGUAAGCUUGAUAUGGUAAUGUCUGCACCACUUUGCCGAUGAUUCUGUCAAGAAGUGGAGAUGGAUAUUUUCACUGUUUAGUAAUAGCCAAUCUUCUGAAAAAAAAAAAAUAUCAAGCAAGGUACUUGUAGAUUAGUGUAAAGCCUUUACCUGAACAAAGUCCAGGUAGUCCAUUCUGUACAAGUGAUCUCCAGAGAGAAUGAGCACAUCUUCUAUAUCCUUGCUUCUUGCAUCCUUCAGUUAUGGAAAAUCAGUGUGAAUGUCAUAACUUUAAAGUCUAACAUGAUUCAUGUGUAUAAUUAAUUUAUAUGAUGACAUAAA